AGGAGAUUGCAAAUGUGCUGCAGGCAAAUGAAUAUGCGGGCACUUGCCUCUCAACUACCAUGCAGACAAUGGACAAGAUAAGCAGAGAGACCUAUCCACUCCCCACGUGCACGCACGUGCAGCUUCACGUUCACGAGGAUUAUUUAAUGCUGGAGUUUGGUCACGUAGGAGAUUGCAAAUAUGCUAGAUGCAAAUGAAUAUGUGGGCACUUGCCUCUCAAUCACCAUGCAGACAGUUGACCCUACGUAAGGCAAGAUAAGCAGAGAGACGUAAACGACGACGAUCCAUACCCCACGUGCAUGCACGUGCAACUUCAGGUUCAGGCAUGCAGGCACGUGCAUCUUCACGUUCGCGACGAUCAUAUUGGAGGCUCUGCUGGACUUUUCUUUUAUUUUCCUCGAAAACGGAAAUUGGAGUAUCACAAACAUGGGAAACUGCUGGAAGAGAAAGAGACGGUGAAUAAUCAGCGAGUUUUCCGCGAAUGAUCUGCGAAUGAUCACGCACGCUGAGCGUCAUCCAGCCAAGCAAGACUGCUAGCGAGUACGUGUUGUUGUGAGGAGAGCGGUCCACAAAUUUCUUUGUCAACCAUCACGAUCCGAGCAACGUGAUCCGUCACUUCGAUCACUCUCAGUCAGUCAGGGACGGCCAAGAUGCUAGAAGAGGACUUCCAAAGAGAGAUAAAGGUUCUUGUUGUUGGGAAUGGCGGCGUCGGAAAGACGAGCCUGAUCAGGCAGUUUUGCAAAGGUGCUUUUGUGGAUGAGUACAAGAAGACGGUUGGGGUUGAUUUCCUUGAGAAGGUCCACUAUGUGAAGUCCUUGGGGGAAGACACUAAGCUUAUGCUCUGGGACACAGCAGGCCAGGAGGAAUUUCACAGCAUGACAAAAUCAUAUUUUCGAGAGUGGGUCGUGUCAAUACUGCCGAGUUCACUCAAAUCGACUACAUCAGAACAUCUUUAACCUAAGUGGCUAAAUCUUCAGCCUUGCACCGUCGUAAAAAUGAAUACGUAACUGUUCA